UGUCAUAAGGAUGCAAACUGCACCAACACCAAUGGAUCACAUGUAUGCGAUUGUCAGCCUGGAUAUACUGGAAAUGGACAAAAUUGCACAGGUGAAUUCAGAAUAACAAGGAAAUGCGGUCAUAGAUGACUUAUUUUAGUUCGUUCUUUCUUUUGUUGUUUAUAUAACGUGUUUUGUGCUCCAGUAGCAAAACAAGAGCAGUUUAUGGCGUAUGCUUUAGAUGAUCUUUGCUGUACCAACGUGAAAAAAAAAUUGCAAAGUAGCGCUUUGACUUACAGGUCCAACCCGAGAAUCGCAUGAAACCAAAAAGUUGCAAACAAGUAUUCCACUUUUUUCAUAUACACGUACAUGUAUGACUUUUGAAUAAAAACCAAAUCUCAUUUUCAUUAUUUUCUCUUUCUUCUCAAUGUUUUUUUUUUGACAGAUAUUGACGAAUGCCACACAUACCCCGACAAAUGUCACGUAAAUGCUCUUUGUAAGAACACGCACGGAUCACACGUUUGCACAUGCAAACCUGGAUAUACUGGGGAUGGACGCAACUGUACAGGUCCAGUCAAUAAUCUCAGAAGCCUGCAUAUUCGUUUUGACUAUUAUAAUGAAUUUUUGUUUGUUGUAGUUGUUUUUUUUAAAGCACGCAAGAAGUGGCUAGAGCACGAACGGAAUGUAGGGAGAAACACUAGAGGUAGUCGAGAAGCAUUUGCGUCUCUGCUCACGUUAUGAUAGCAUAAAUUAAGGCGCUUAGCAUCUUUUGAAACCUUAAUUUGGUUCUUCUGUUACUACUUCGCUCAUUCCGAAAUUUCACUUUUAAUUAGUAAAAAAAAAAAAAAAAAAGAUAGAGGGAAGUUCGAGAAAUGGUCAGAAAAAGUAUAAUUUGGAAAAUUGCGUGACAGUCUUAGCUCAGCCUUAUGUUUUCAGUACUCUGAUAGAGCGCGCUUUUUCGACCGAUAACAGCACGUGUUAUAUCCGAACUUUAUCAUAAGUAGUAUUGGAUUAUUUGUAUUACCCCGCCUUAAAUCAUGUUAAAAAUUCCUUCAUCGUUGAUGCUUUUUGUGUCUUUCUGCCUUUGGAUGGGCGUUUCAACAAUAAUAGACGACGGCGUGAAACAUUCUUUUGAGUAACACUCUUUGUAGCUUGAUUUUGACGUAAUGUGUAUGUUCUCUUUCAGACAUCGACGAAUGCAGUGAAGCUCAUACCGUGAAAAUGAACAAAUGCCAUCCGAAUGCCUCUUGCACUAAUACUCAGGGCUCAUACAAAUGUUCCUGUAAUCCUAAAUAUAUCGGGAAUGGUUUAAAGUGUGAAGGUACUUUCGGUAUCUACCGUGCAAUUAAAUUAGUUAAGGUGGCUAUAGGUUGGACUCGAUCUAAAUCUUUCCUACUCAGGUGGCCAUUAACGACCAUAUUGCUGCUUAGUUGUUUGUAAACUACGUUAGCUGCGCCUUAAGUUUGCUGAAGACUGUCUUUUAAUGCGUUAUUAAAGAAAGAGGAAACACAAAUUCAGAUACUGCUUUUCGUAGUUAGUGAAUUUCAUUUCUCAUAUUUAUUUCUUAGCCUCAUGGUCUGAAAAUGUCCAACACAAGUAUUACUUCACCUCUUUUUUAAUGUUGUUAUCAUUUCUUAUAAGUCCUGUUGUAAUAAUUAUUUCAUUUUAUAGCCGAUCCUUGCUAUCAUUAUAAAAACCUGAGUGAUGCCAAUAGAAAGAUAAGUUACGUAACGCUUUACGGUUCAGAGGUGUGUGACAACCAACUCUCUGCGGGAUGGUAUCGUCUUGUGGGAGCUGCGGGAACAAAAAUGCCAACAACGCGUGUGCCAGCAUACAGAUGUAAUACAGAAUGGUCAGGCUGGUUGAUGACUGCUCAUCCUACAGUGGAAGAUGGUAUAGUUAAAAGGGAGGUCUGCUUUAGUGGUCGCCAUGCUGGUUGCAAAUACUCAAACAAUAUUUCUGUUAAAAACUGUGGAUCCUACUUCAUCUACAAACUUCAACAGCCACCUACUUGUAACUCGCGCUACUGUGGUACAGACUGA